AUGAGGAACUUCACCUUUACUUCAGCUUUACUUCUCUGCUGCCUCAGCUGGAUCUCUGUCUCAGGUUCGGAGUCUCAGACUGUGGAGGUCCAGCCUGGUGAAGAAGUCACACUGACGUGCACCAACAUUUCCAGCAGACCAUGUCAGACCGACUGGUUCAGACUGAUCAACAGAACCAAGCCCAGCUGCAUCUCCUCCAUGUACUGGGCUGAUGGUGUGGCUUCGUUCUGUGAUGGAUUUCAAAGUGGAUUUGAAAUGAGCUCCAACAUCUCCACUGUCUUUCUUAAAAUCAAGUGGGUGGAUUUAUCUGACUCUGGACUGUAUUUCUGUGGAUUCUACAAAGGCAAACAUACAGUCAUUGCCGGUGCAACACAUUUAAAAGUUCAAGGUAAUGGUGGAUCUGAUGGUGAUGUGGAUUUUGAGACUGAAAAGGAGCCUGAUGGAAUGACAAACCUUUUAAGCAUGAUCCAAGUUGGUCUGACUGUCUCCCUCACUAUCGUCGUCAUUGUUCUGGUUGUAAAAAUCUGGAAACUUCAGACAGCUGUGAAUGAAGAGCCGCAGCCAGAGAGAAACAAGGAUCUGGGCUCAGAUGAACUGAACUACGCAGCUCUACGUUUCCAGGCAAAGCCAAAAAGAAGCCGCAGACCUCCAUCUGAGAGAGAGGUGGAGCCACAUGUUGUGUAUGCUGCCACCAGAUAGACUCAGGAAACAUCUGGAACAGCAGCUCAGAGUGGAACUGAUGCUUUAUCAUAUUCAUCUACUGUUGGGGUUUAUGUGUGGUCUGUGUGUGAGUUGAUUCACUGGCAAAAAAUAAAUCUGA